AUGGCUUUAAUAAGACGUUGUGUGCCCUUAAUUACUAAGAUUGUUCGUAUUCAUCCCACGACAGUGCAAACUCAAAAGAUACAUAGAUGGGUUUCUCCUACAUUGAUGGAGUUGAAGCGUCGUGAGGAUAAAGUUGGUAAGAGAAUAAACCCAAGAAACACAUACUUAGAAUGGAACUUGGAAGCGGAACUUUAUGGUUUCGGACAGCGUUUGAAUGAAGAAUUCGAUCCAGAUUUGUUGCUACAAGCAUUUACGGAUAGAUCCUACGUUAUUAAAGAGGAGAUGAAACAAAAAGAAAUGGAUUUUGAUAUAAAAAUGAAAGACAACAGAGAAUUAGCCGAGAAAGGAGACAAAUUCAUAAAUGCCUACAUCCAAAAUUACUUGGAGACAGUGCUGCCAAAGUUCCCGAUGGAAGGUGUGAAAGGUGUGAGGAAUUUCUUAGUCAGUGAGGAAACAUUAGCAAAUAUAUCCCUGAAUCUGGGCACCAAAGAUAUCAUUCUAGCUGCUGAAUAUCCAGUGGACAACUAUAUCUUAGCAACUAACUUCAAGGCAGUGGUUGGAGCCCUGCUGGAGUCAUCCGGUGAGGAGAGGGCAGCACACUUUGUUAGAGAUUUUGUCAUCACACAGUUAAAUGGUCAGGAUGUAAACGAGUACUUCACCAUAGAGGACCCAUGGUCUAUGCUAGCUGAUAUUGUAAAGAAAGCAGGUGGUAACCUUGAGCCCAGGCUCAUUGGCGAGGUGGGGCGAAACACCCUGCUUGCGUGCUACAGGGUCGGUCUCUAUGUAGACAAGAAAAUGGUGUCUUCAGGUUUUGGCGAAAGUGUAGCGAUUGCCAAAGAAAUGGCCGCGAGAGAAGCUUUGAAGAAGAUCUUCGGUACAGAAGACCACAUGAAACCAAUCGACUUCAAAUUGGAAGGCAUACCCAAGCCAGCGUCACAAACACGCUACCAGAUAUCUGCCAGUUGA